AUGAGCGACGAAGAUACAAGAUGGAGGUCGAUCGCUUCGAGCGUCUUCGUCGACGAAAUUCUUCUCAAAUACAACGGCGAGGCUGGAACGGAUAAUUUCUUUUCAAAGAUGUCUAGUCAAACAUUGGCAGAACGGAUAACUGCACUGAAAGAACAUGUUUUUUCCAAUCCAAACAGUCAAUCUGGCAACAGCGAUCAAACCAAUUGCGGCGGAGAAAGCAAAAUUGACUUGUCAAACAAUACGGACCCUCCCUUGAGGCAGUCUGUGUUAACGAAUGCCGACUCUGAACACAAUCAAAGUGGGUUUAUCGUUGACUUAGGCAAGUUUGCUCAGACGAGAGACAACAGUGAAUACGCUGAACCUGAUAACCGGGUAGCCAAUACGAACAACAACGGAGAAACUCACGAACCAACAAGGGAAGACACGUUUUGCUCGAGCUCAAAUUUGGCGCUCGACGGAACGAGUCGCCCCAGGGAAGGGAUUUAUUAUAAUGACGGCAGAGCGAUAGACCAGCAGGCCUUGAAUUGCGGCGACAAGUUAGAUAACAUCGAGGAUGGACAUUGCUGCGGUGUUCCUGAACAAAUAAAUUGCUUCCCGGUAGUUGUAAUUACACCGGCCAUGACGGAAGAAACAUUAGACGAGUGUCUUGACACCACGAGCAACUGCAAAAAUGGUGCAUUAUCCGCGGCCAUGUUUUCCUUAAAGGAUGCAACCGAAACGUGUUCAUUGUCAAGCGCUGGCUCUUGUUCGGAGAGCGAAAUUUUGACUGAUGAGGAGGCAUCGGAUGAUGAAAUUAAGCAGCCACUGGAAGACAGAUCUGAAAAGGUGAGAGCCUAUAAAUUGUCAAUUGUGUGAUCCCUAGUUUUUCUCUAGUAUUCAAGAAUUUUCACGUCAUCGUGUGCUUCGCGCGUUUUUCGCGAUUAACAAACCCAUUUGUUGUGUGACUAUGUGGAGCGACCACUUUGUCAAUUCGCUUUUCGUAUAUCAUUUAACUGCCAUUUGUUAUUAAAUGAUUUCCGAUGCGAUCGAAGGUAUAGUUCGAGGUGCUAAAGUAGUCAUCGUUUACUUAGUUCGUUUGAGUGUUUAUUUGCAUAAGCAGAAAUGAUCGCGAAGCCUUUCCCAUGUUGAUGUUCGUUUCAAAUGGUGUUUAUUUCGACAAUCGUUUCGCGAAUAAUGUUUAUUAUUGGCUGAAAGUGUUUGUAGUUUCAUAGUAUGUUGGUUUUAUGGAGUUUAUUGUAGAAGAUUUAAUCGAAGCAUUUGCUAUUUAAACGCUUUGUUGCCGAGAUCAAAAUUUAUAAGGGCUAGUGGGGUAACUUCCAUGCAAUAAAUAAAACAUAUUAAUCAUUUGGCUCGAGUUUCAUGUCUAACAUUCCUGUAAACUCGCUGACGUCAAAAAAAGACAGGAAUGUUUUUACUUGACAACCUUUGGGGCAUUGGAAAUUUACACUUAUUUGAAAUGUAAACACUAAGUCCAUAUUCCUUGUUGAAUGUUUUCCUCAUUUCCAUUUUUUAAUUAAGUCAAACUACAACAUUAAAUCACGGGUUGAAAGAGAAAGGCAUGCAACAACUUGUCUGCACUUUACUUCCUGUAACAUUAUUUUUAGUAUGUCAACAGUACAUUGGGAUUCCAAAAAUACUUGUAUAGGAGUGAAGAAACAAAUCCUUGAUGAAUUAUAUUUAGUCCCAAGUCCUUAUUGGUAUAGUCCACUGGGCUUAAGUCCGUGGACUUGGGGUCAGUGUUUUGUCUACCACCACACUGGACAAUUAUCUGACUGUCAUGCAUGAACCCCUUAUCAUGGGUUUAGGUCAGUCUAAGAACCUGUGAACUUUUUCUUUUUUAUGCCCCUCUAGCUUUUCCAGGUUCUAUAUAUUGUGUUGACUUCUUUGUUUUACAUCACCCAUGAGUUUUCAGAGUAGUUAACAAUUUUGUGUUAAUGCAAAAAACGUGCAUGUGUUUGCAUGUGCAUUGGUUGCUUAUCUCUGAGCUGUACUCUACAUGUACAUUGAGGAUGAGUCCUUUUUACAUUGUCCUUUGCUUUUCUUCUACUGACUGUAAGCAUCACAAUGCAGUGAAAGUUACCAGGAGAGAUGAAAACCUUGGUAUUGUUAGAGUUAGCUUGAAAAUUCCAGUUUUACCAUAAAUUGGUACUAGUAUAAAAUUAAAGUGAAAGCCUUUUAUUGAAAAAAUCAUGGCCACAUGACACAUAAAAAUUCCCAAGCAUAAUAACAACCCUAUAAUGUGAGCAGGUUGUCACCAACCAGCAUUAGUUGGACAGCACUCUAUCAUUUUAUGUUAGCAGAAAAUCAAAAAUUUUGUCAAAUGUCAGAUUAAAAGCAUGCACACCUGGCAGGUGUUACGAUAUAUAGAUUUAGCCAGAGCUAACGGCGAAGCUCUCCUUAAUAUACUUAUAGUUUAAUGAAACAAAAAUAUAUAAUCGUGUCAUGCUAAAUGACAACGACAAAACAGCUGUCCCAAAGGUGUCCAUCUUAGAUGGGAAUCUCGCUAAAAAGAACACAUAGUGCCUGUCCCAAAGGUGUCCGUCUUAGAUGGGAAUCUCUCUAAAAAGGACACAUAGUGCCUGUCCCAAAUGUGUCCAUCUUAGAUGGGAAUCUCUCUAAAAAGGACGCAUAGUGCCUGUCCCAAAGGUGUCCAUCUUAGAUGGAAAUCUCUCUAAAAAGGACAAAUAGUGCCUGUCCCAAAGGUGUCCAUCUUAGAUGGGGAUCUCUCUAAAAAGAACACAUAGUGCCUGUCCCAAAGGUGUCCGUCUUAGAUGGGGAUCUCUCUAAAAAGGACGCAUAGUGCCUGUCCCAAAGGUGUCCAUCUUAGAUGGGGAUCUCUCUAAAAAGGACACAUAGUGCCUGUCCCAAUAAAUUCAUUUUUCAAGCUGAUCUGACAAAGUAAAGUUAUUACGUUUAUUAUUGCAACGAAUAGAUAAGCAAGUAAUUAAUAAUUAACUUAUGAUGUAAUUUGUUUUUGACAAGGAGGAUUAGUAAUCAAUUUAUUAUUAUUUAUUAAUAAAUCAACACAUAAUCAUAUGUGGAUGUUUCAAUAAAUAUAAAAUGUAGAUAUUUAUUUUUUAUUUUAGAUUAUUAAUCCUUUGUGUCAAAAAAUCUGAGGGCUACUUAAAAUGACUACCAAACCCUAACUCUAAUACAUGCUAGAACCCCGGACAAAACUGUUGAGACAAUUCCGUCUGUUUUCAAACUUUUGUGCCCUACUCUUGUCUCCACUAAACAGAAAAAGUAAGCCCCCUCCCCAUCCCCUAUUCAAAGUUGUCUCAUAUACAUGUAUAAUUACCGUGCUAUCCUAAACAACUUUGGAUAAGGGGAGGGGGGAAAUCGGGCAUUCAUUUGGCGGAGGUUUCAGGUUUUGCCAGGAUGAUAGGAAAAAAUAGGCAUUUUCGCAAUUUGUCUCAGCAGGUUUUGUCCAGGGUUGUCGCUAUUUAGGCAAAUUGUAAAAUAGAAUGUCUCUUCACCCUGUAACAAUAACAUUGCUUCAAUGUGCUUAUCAUGCUUGAAAAGGUCCCUUGCUUUUGUAUGACAGAAUUUUUGAAAACAGAUUAAUAUCUUUAUUUCGUACUCAUACAGCUGUUUAUCCCUUCCAACUUUGCUUGUUCUUGGAAUGUAAAACUUGCAUGCAUAGCAUAUCGCGUGUGGAACCCAGGAAGUUCAUAAUUAUUUAAAUGUGAUAUACGUGACUCAAAAGUGUAUUUAGCACUGAGUGGGUGGCAUGCAUAAUGCAGGAAUCAUCAGCUUUUUUGUAUACAUAGUUGAAUAUAUUAACCUCUUUAUCUCAAUGACCUGAGGAAGUCGUUAUGUAACUCAUAACCACUGACAGAAUGAUUUCCUGAUUUGAAGUUAUGUUUUUGUAUUUUAAAAACUAACUUUCCCUUGUUUUGGGAACUUUGCAUAGAUUCAUAAAGCAUUUCCUUAUGUAAUAAAUUACAUGUAGAAUGUUAUAUUUAGAUCUUUUGUAUCGUACCGUUUUAAUCAUUCACUCUCUGUACUAUUGGGAUUAAAUCUAUGAUUUUAAGCAAUUAUUUUGGCGAAUUAACAAAGUGUGCAUAGUUGUAAUUGAAAUAUUCAUUGUUAGUAAAAUGGUUGGCUAGAAUUAUUAUGGUUUUUUUUUUCAAAAUGCCAUUUGCAUGUAAUUUAUCCUUUCCAAAUUGUUCAUUGCCAAUAUUUAAUUUCAUAAUAGUGUUAUUAUAUUGCUUUUUAUAGCCUUUAAUCAAAAUUCUGUGUUGGUGUAGUUUAAGUCAUGCAUAACUCAUUAUCAUAUAAAUAGAUAACCUUUAAACUUGGGUGUUUAAGUCAAACAACCAUAAAAUAUUAUAAAUGCUUGAAGGCUUAGACAGCCUCUGUUGAACUUGAGGCCAAUUUUUUCUGGCUUAAAUGUUGUCAAAGAACAGAUUCAAUAUUUUUUUUUGUCUCAGUGAUUUUGCUGUUUCACUUUGUAAGUCAUUUCUGUGUCAGUAGUAAGCCAGAAGAAAAAAAAAAGCAAACAAAGCAUGCUUCAUUGCAUUUAUUUCCCUGUUUGCAAAAUUAUACAGGGGCUGUUAUUGCCAUUAUACACAACUGCAAAAGCUGGGCUCUUAAGAAAGUAGCCAGUCAAGAUUGGAAACAUUUCUCCUUUGACUGUUGUGUGUUACUCAUUUUCAAAUUCCGAGUACACUAAGUCUUUUGUCCUGCUGUUUUUCACUGUAGUAGCAAGCUGCUAGAGGCAACCACAGUUUAUGCUCAUCUUUGCUUUAGCUAAUACCCACAAAUAUCAAGGAGGCACUCUGUGGUCAAUGGUUUAGGGGAUAAUGAGAUCAUAAUAAAAAUAUGCAAAACCGUACAGACAAUAAUUUUGAGGAACAAUUCUGGUUCCUUUAGUUUACCCAGUCCCUCUAUAAUAAAAUUACAUUUUUGAUGCUUUUUUCUCCAGUGUACUAGAUAUUUCAAAGAAGAAGGUUAUGAUCUUUUUUUUGAAGAAAUUUGAGGUCAUGGAGACCGGUGUUCUAAGUAGGAAUGCAAGUUUUAGACUAGACCAGAUGCAAAUUAUGAAGGAACCGAAGAAACAUUUCUUAAUCUAAUUUUUUUAUGCAUGACUACUUCAAAAAUUGGCAAAGCAUUGUUAUAAAGCUGUGUGAUUGCCAGAACAGAUUCUACAAAACUGCAAAACUUCAUUGUGUAGAGGCAAGUAUGAUGUGAAUUGAAGAACACACUGUUGUUGUCAGUGGUGAACUAAAAGUAAGUGAACAUGUAAAACUUAACAGCUUGAUAUUUAACAAUUAAUAUUUGUAAUUGUUUACAGGCAGAGGCGAGCAUUUAAAAAUUAAAGCAAACAAAUUGUUUCUCAACUCAUGUACGUGUAGCUAGCAAAAUUUGCACUUCCCUACAACCCAUUAUCACAGGCAUGAAAAAUUAUUGUCCUGUAGCAGCCCUAAGAUUUCAGGGAGCCAAAACAAACAGUUACAACAAAUUGUUUUCAUAUUCUUGAACAUAGCUUAUUUCAUGGCAUAUGCAUACUGUGUAUAUUUUCAAACAAAGGCCACAACUAUAUAUGUCAACACAUUGCCAAAAACUAAAAAAACAGAAAAAUGAAACAACCAUAACUUUAAAGUUCAUCAUGGCGUAGUGUAAGUGAUUGCUUACCUAGCUACAAGUACUGAGAGAAAAGAUCAUUGAUGAUGGUCCAGAGUCAGAUUGGUAAGAUCUUCAGUCAGCCCCAUCAUGAACACAGAAAUGCUGUCUCUUGAUCUGAAGAGCUCAUCUUUACGACUUUAAUUUGGCACUGUACAAACUUAGGGGAGGUAAAAAUGUUUGAUUACAUCAGUCACAAAAUUUGUGAUCAAGUUUUUUUAUGUUUCUUUCCAUCUUGGAUGUGUAAACUUUUUGCCACACACGUCUCAGAUCCUAUGCGUGAUGUGGUUGAGGAUGGGCUUGCAUGUCUCAAUGACCUUGUGAGCUACAUGAUUUUAUAAUGGUGGGGACAUAAGCUCCUUGCAGUUUUAAACAACUCAGGCAGGUUUCCAUGGAAAAUUCAGAGGCAUCAGUGGUCCUCCAGGUUGAGGUUGGUCAGGAUUUUUUUUUUAAUGCAUACAUCACCAAUAAACCACACUGGAAAAAACAGCAUUGUCAUAGCAACGAAAUGACGCCAUUACUUAUUUCUUGCAGAAAUUUUCUCACUGGGAACUGUUCUUACAAAAUCGUUCAAGCUCUUUUCUCCAAUAGUCGCCUCGAUGUUCGUGAAAAGGAAAAUCUUGAUGUUUAGUCGUAAUCUGAAGAAAACGGAGCGCUUUUGACAUGCAAUUUCACCUCACAGUAGUUUCAAUCUUAUUAAAACGCGUGUAUGAAAGAUCAUGGAUAUAGCUCCUGCCAAUUGCUAAUAAGGAAGGAUUUGAUUAGCAUGUUAGUGGUUUCCUCCAUUAUCAAACAAAAAAUGUUUUUUUUUUAAGAAAAUUGAGAUUCAUCUCGCAAACUGAUUACAGCCAUUUAAAUUGUUGAUGCUUGUUCUGCCACACACUGUUCUAGGAGUGGAAUUCUAGAAAGUUAUUAUUCAAUAACAUGACUGGAAAUAGCCCAAGAUUACAGUGCCCAACAAAAAAAAAAACCAGCAUAAAAUAACCAGAAACUCAUCAUGUGAUAAUAAUAAAAAACAUGGAAACGUCUUUAAAAACUGGCUUUGCUCAAAUUUUCUCUUGCUGCCCAAAAAAUCUGAGUUGCCCAGUCUGAUUAAAAUCCAACGUUUCGGAGUAGUCAUGACUCCAUUAUCAAGGAAAAAUGUUUUUGAUCAUGCAGAUUACAGCAUUUAAAGCGAUGUGGCACGAAAAUUAACAUAACAGGGUGCGAAGAUUAUGAAAAUACUUUCGUGCAAAUAGAGUCUGAUUGCACAUUGAAUUCAUUACUGAAACUGUAACAGGACUUUAACAAGCCAAUUACAGAGCUGCCAACCUCUGGAAAUCAAAACUGUGGAGACUCUCUCCCUACCUCCCCCCCCCGCCACCCCUGAUAAGUAAUAUUCGAUCCAGUCCCUAAAUGGUUUAGGACAUUAUAAUUAUGAAGGCUUACAUGAGUUACAGAACAUCACAAUUCCCUUUUAUGAUUGUAAUGGCAAAAUAAUCUUUGUCCGUGAUGAAAUACCUGCAAAAAUGUGCAAAACCACGUACUCAGACCAUGAAAGCUCCAAGACUAUAUUACCGGUAGUUGGUUUUUUCCUGGGGCAAACUAUGUGCUAAAGCAUGGGACGAGGUUCAGUGGCAUGGUAUGAUUCGCCCUUAUGCCCUAGCUCGCUAGAGUGAAAAGGAUAAGACAACAAAGGAGAAGUCUCAGAUGAUAAACAAGAUUCACUACACAAAAAAUUAGAUUUACACCAAAUUUGUGAGGAAAAAUAAGAUACAAAAAAGAACAGACUAGAGCUGUGGGAGAAAAUCUGGGGCAAAGUUAGUUUACAACUGAGUCAUCACCAUACAGCAAACUACCGGUACAGUUGACUCCAGAUAACUCAGACCUUCAAGAGAAAUUGAAAAAAGUUUGAGUUACUGGGAGCUCGAAGAAAAUAGCCGCGAGUAAGGCAAAAAACAGUUUUUACUGCACAAGGAAUAUUUAAAUCAUAUUUAAUAAUUGUAGGAAUGUUAAGAGAAAAUGGAAAGAUACUUCUAGACUAUAAAUGAGAACGUAACUUAACAAAACAUUGCCUAAAUAGAGCAUGUAUUUUACUGUUUUGAAGUAAAGCUGUUUCACGUUAGAUUAGUGACAAACAACAUCAGCCUUCACUAGUAAACAUUAUGCCUAGAACACAUCAAUGGGAAAUUCAAAAUUCAAUGUUUUGGAAAUGCCAGUACGCUGUUUUUCCUGACUUUUUAAGGGCUGAAGACAUGGUUAGAGUUAUUGAGAGUAAAAUUACAUAGAAAUGAUCUGGGGGGAAGCAAAAAUUACUUCAAAUUACAGAGAGGUUUGAGUUACCAAGGGUAAAAUUACAGUAAAUGUGUGACGGAAAUCUGAGGGAAAUUGAUUUUGGUUCGAGUUAGCUAGGGUUGGAGUUAUCGGGAGUCAACUGCACCAUGCUCAAAAACAAGCAAAAUAAAAAGCUACUUGAAGAAAAUGAUAUUAAUUUUGUGCUGUCUCUAAUUCGUUUUUCACUUUAUAACAAAUGAACCUUUACCAGUUUUUAUUUAGUUUUUACCAUCUGCCAAACAAUACAUUUUAUAUGGCGGACAUUUUUGUUUUCUGUCAAGUAUUCAUUGCACUGCAUUGCAUGAUAUCAAUUUGGCGAGUCUUUCGGUUUCAGAUUAAGAUAUACACAGCAUGAGCUUAUGCAUAUAUAAGUAAAAUAAAAAUCUGUGCUUGAUCUCACGACAAAAAUUAAUAUCCCUCCUACUGAGAGAGAAAAUUAAUAAUAAAGAUGAUUUUCCAGUUACACAAUAUUCAAUACCAUUUGUUUGGUCUCCAAACUAAGUUCACUUUGUCGUAGCAACAGAUUACAAUUAUUGUAAUCUAUUGCUCUAAUAUAGUGAACUUAGUUUGGAGACCAAAACAUAGUAUUGAAUAUUGUGUAACUGGAAAAUCAUCUUUUUUUUUCUCAUAAACCACAUCUUUUGUUUGUGUGUGUGUGUUUUUUUUCUUGCCUCUUUUUUUUCUGCACCUUCAAGAUUGUGUUGACAUUUCAAAAAACUUAUUCAACACCUGCUCACAUGUAAACAUGGAACCUUUUUUGUUUUUAUAAGGUCCAUCCUAGGCAUCCAGAGAUGGUAUGGCUUAUUCAAAAUAAUGUUUAGAAAAGUUCAAAAAGUUUUAAAUGGUCGUUUACUGACUGAAGAAAAGUACACCCUGCUUUGAAAGUGAAGUAUGAUCCAAAAGAUUUCCGUGUAUUUGAAAGUUGUAUUAAAACAUAAUAUUAAUUUCCAACAGCAGGGCUUUUCCAUUGUUUCUUAUACACAAAAAGGCCCAUGUCAAUAUAUCUUUUGUGAUAAAAUAAAAUAUUGCGAUAUGACAUUGUGUCAUGCAGGAGAUCGUGUUAUAUAUUAAAUGCAGAUUUGUGAUAAUGAGAAGUGAUUUUCAGCCGUAAUUCAUUUACAUUGGCUCUAUCAGUGUGAAAUCUUUCUAACUGGGAAACACAGACAUAAAAUGUUUGUACUUUAUACCUUAGAUAUGAAAUGAUUUGAUAUGAAAUGUUCUAUACAUGUACUUUUCUUUCUGUGAAACAUUUUAACUAUAUUACAUUUUGUAAGUUGAAAAACUGGGUGUUUUUUUAUCAUCAUGACAUUAUUCAAGAGCUGUUUUAGUCUGCUAAAACCAUCAUCAGUUAUUAAACUGAUAUUUCUCCUUGGUAAAAAAAGUAUGGAUAGCAAAGAGGAGGAAAAACCUGGUGUAAAUGCCAAUGAUCAGUUAUGCAUGUGUACAAGAUUUUCUGGUUCAUAUAUAAAGGUAGUUGUGUUCACAUUGUUAAUAAAAUUUUUCAUGUGGCUUUGCAGGUCGAUUCACGGUGGAAGAAGAUCCGAAGUAUGAUCCAUUGGUCCCCAUUUGUACAGAAUUUUAAAAAGAAAUAUCCCUGGGUUCAAUUGGCAGGCCACCAAGGUAAGCUUAUAUCUUUAUUUUUAUUCCCCUGGAGCUAGCUGUAGAAAGCAACUACCUGUAAGAUUAAGUGGGAUUUUUUUUUUGCAACUGCGCGCCAUCACUGUGAAAAUCUGCUCUCAUGAUGUCUAUGUUUGUUGUGAGGGAACAUAGGAAAGUGAAAAGGUGCUUACCGUAAAUCCUCUAUUAAGCCCCCCCUCUCAAAUAAGCCCCCUUAUCAGGGGAAGAAGGUUAAUAAGCCCCCUCUCUAUUAAGCCCCUGCCUCCCCUAUUUAUUCUUUACUAAUAUAUGAUAGACUGUAUUAAUCAAUCACGACUGUAAAACUUUGUGUAGAGACUGAUCUGGGAUGGUUUAUUUACCAACUGGAAGGUCAGAUUUGAUUCUAAUCCUUGGCCAAAAGACCUAAAAUGUCUUGUACUUAAGCUCUUCUACUUUGUAUUCUACUUCUUUAUGGAGAACUGAUACCAUCGUCAUUUCUAAAUUAAAUAAGCCCCCAUCUCUAUUAAGCUCCCCUCAAAUGGGCUUGAAAUAAAUAAGCCCCUGGGGGCUUAAUAGAGGAUUUAGGGUAAUGGAGGCAGCUGAGAGAAAGGGAAUGAGAACCUGGAAUGCAGUCUACGGGAGGGUUGAACCCCAGUCCAGGACUUGAAAAAAACUUGACUUCCAGAUUGCCUUUAGGACAAGUAGCUCACCUUGCCCCAGGCAGGUCUUAAGUUAAUUCAGUUUGGUGGGCAGAGAACUUGCAUGGACUCUUGUCCAUCAGGCAAGUGAGUUUGAAAAGUGACUUGCUCGGCAGGAAAUUCUACUUGUUCAAGAUGACCGGAUGGCACUUUUUUUAGCUGUGCCUGUCCCCCCACCCCACACAUACCAGCAUAUUUCCCACAAUAAUCUCUAAACAUAAUCAGUGGUUUUUGUGAAUAAAAAUAAUUAUUUGUUAUAGGCAGCUUCAAACCAGGUGAAAAUGGCAUGAUUUUGAAGAAAGCCACAGACAAAGAGAGGGAGAGUCUCAGAAACCUCAUGAAAGAUAUUCUGAGACCUUACAUUCCAGAAUACAAAGGAGAAGUUCACAAAGGAAAUGAAUGUAUCCUUCAUGUUAAUUAAGUUAAGGUUGCUGUUAGAAAUCAAUAGAUGCAGUACAUGCUGAAUUAAGAAAAUGUAUCACUAGCCUGUGAUAAUAAUAAUAAUAAUAACUGUUUAUUCACAGAGGAAAAGGAGAUGAAGGGGUUAACCCUGUCUAGUUCAUCUCCAAAAAAAAGAACAAUAACAAUAACAAUGAAUAUACAUAUGAAUAAAAAAUUUCUGUUUAACCCAUUCGCUUCUGGAGAUUUUGCCGAAAAAAGCGUUUUGAAGCUAGUUGAGUGGUUUUCUGGUCGCUGUCGUGCUAUAAAGAGCUAAAACUUACCAGAAACCGGUUUACAGGUCGUACACUUCGUGGCCUUCUGAUCCAGAUGCAAAAUAUCAGCCUGCAAAGUUCGGGCAUGCGCAGAAAGCAAAAUUUCGAGAUAGUUUUUGGGUUUAAAAGUGACACAGCAGUCUUGACUUUUACUUUUCGCUUUCUCUCCUCCCUUCUUUUUUCGCUUUUCUUGCCUCAUUUUUUUUUUCUCUUGCUGGGCAUUUAGUAGGCUUGAUUUUGGUGGGAAUAGUUUUUAGGAAAGCUUUUAGGAUCUUAGGAUUAGGUGAAAGGAAAGGUAGGUGCUUAAUGGAACAAGAUUUUCAUGGAGAUUUUCGGGUCAGUGUCACGUGGUUUUUUGCUUCUUUCUCCGGUGUCCUUGACUGAAUUGUGCUCAUUCUGGUAUGGUUUGAAAGAUCUCUUCACUCUGCACAAGUUAGAAAGUUGUCCUUGACCGUUAAAACUGAUGAGGUCACAAAGGGUAGAAAGGACCUGGAUCCGCAUGGGCGGUUACGGGCGGUUCAGGGGCGAAUGGGUUAAAAUUCAAAAAUAUGUUGACAUGUCGAGAUAAUUUAACAUUCAGCUGAAACACUGGUGAAAUAACAUCUGAAAAAUGUUCAAGUGUUCCACCUCAGCAAUUUCUUUAGGUAAAUCAUUCGAUUCAUCAAUUAUGUAAAUGAAGUAAGAAUGUUCAAAACUAUUUAAAGGUGCAGAUUGUCAGACAAAUUUAAUGGUUUAAGGUGCCACUACCACUCAUCUCGUGAAGUGCCAUGCAUUGAAAUCGAAUUGACUCUUUUUCUGUGGGUUGAAUACAAAAUUAAAAUUUUAUGUAGAAGGAAAUUAAUUGUUUUGAAUCCCAUUUUGCAUUUUCAUCCACCAAAUAUUUGCAGAGAUGCUAACCUCUAGAGAUCUAAAAUCUGGAGAGUCUCUUUUGAAAGAACUACCACCCUCCCCCACCACCCCCCCCCGUCAAUGCCUGAUAAACUCAAAUCAACCCAGUCCCCAAAUAAAACCAUGGGUGUGGCUCAGGACAUGAAGCAUAGUUUUACAUACAUUAUAGACUGUAAUGAUGACGUAAUCCAUGUCAGUGCUGAAGUGUUUGCAAAGAUGCCUCCAAAAACUGUCAUAUGUAGGAACUUCAAGAGUAGGUUUUAUUUUGGUGAUCUGGUCCGUGAUGCGGGAGAACAAGAGAUUAGCGCAGAAUCAAGGGAGAAUACGGCCGUUGUCAUUACAUUAUUUGCUUGUUUUUCCUCAAUGUAAACAUCAGGUUAUCUAGAAAUGCAAGAUUUACUUCAAGAUUUUGAUAGUCCGUCUGUUAUGGAUUGUAAAAUGGGAACAAGGUACACUACUUUACAUGAAAAAAAUAUUAAUACACAAAAUAUUACAACACAAGUGGUGGUGGUUUAAUCGCUUCAAAUUUUAAAAAAACUGUCCUUUAUUUUAGUUUCAAUGUAUUUAGCAUGAAAUUGCUAAUUGGGAACACUAUUUUUUUAAGUCUUCUACUGGAGACGGGACUGCCAUUUUAUGUGGUCAUGUGAGCCACACAAAGGUCCAGCCUCUUGAAGUGCAAAGGGAGUACCUUCAUUUUUCAGUCAUAGAUGUUGUUGGCAUUGUAACAUUUGACCUGAUUGGUUUACACUGAUCACAUUAUUACUUAUAUUAAAAUGGCAUACAUGUACCAGAGUUUAUGAGGAAACGUUCGAUGUUAACAGUAAAAUAAAAUAGCUCAAAAAAAGUAAAAUAUUUGAAAUUUUAUUGUCGAGAAGUCAGGUCCACAGAAAUGGCAAACUUCCGCGAUUAUCUGGGUGAUUUCAGACCCUAAUCUGGAGACGGGGAGAUACGGUCUAAACUCAGGAGUCUCCCAGAUUAUGUGGGAGAGUUGACAACACUGCUUCUACAUAUGUCCAUAGAGAGAGGCAUAACAAAACCAGAUCCAAUUGGAUCUGAUCAACUCUAACUCACUGAAAUGAUGGAAGGUUGGAGAUGGGGUUACAGGGAUUUGAUGCAAUCCAGUCCAAUGCAAGUUUUGUCAAUGGCCCAUGGAGAGUCCAUUGGGUAUAAAUAGACCAAUUUCAAUAUAUUAAAAUUCUUACUUGGCCCCAAGGCUUAGGGAUUAUAAAUCAGAAGAAAGGCAUUGUUCAAUGCUGAGCCUCAGGAUCACUUCUCUUGUUUUAUUCUGUGAAGUCUUGCAGCCUAGUAUGAAUUUUGACAUAUCAAAAUUGGUCUAUUAGGACAGUGUUUUAGGCUUUGCAAUCAAACAGUUCUUUUCUAUUGCAUUGAACAGAACAUAUUUAGAAGAUGAACUUGCAAAAGCAAAAUCAAAACCAAGAAAAGUGAGUGAACACUGAGUUUUAAUGACAGGGGUGUAGCCGGCUCAUAGACCUGUAGGCCCAGGCCUACAAAUUUUUGAUUUGAUCACUCUACCGCUUGUAAUAAAUUAUGUGUUGUUGGGUUGAGCUAAAUUGCUUAAGAGCUCAAAGUGUUGGUGAGGACAGUGUGUACUAGUCAUGCUUGCAAUUUUCAAGAUACGUGGAAAAGAAAGUCAGCCAGGCCUACAACAAGUCGAAAAGCUGGCUACACCCCUGAAUGAUGUUAUAAAAUACAAUAUUGAAUCCCUUUAUUAAGGACACUGAAAGACCCAUCCAUGUUGUCCUUCUUAUUUUAAUAAUGUCCAUAUUAAGUGGUUUGUAUUUCUUUUGCAGGAUUUGUUUCAGAAAAUGGUAGAGGUAGAUCCCAAUGAACCAACAGAGGAUGAAAGAAGAGAAGGAGGAAUAACCAAACCACGUUACAUGCGGUGGAGAGAGCAACUUAGUUCUUCAGCAAGUCUUGGCUUCAGAAUUGAAGGAAUUAAGGUUAGACUUACAGCUUAUCCAUAUCAGCGCUCCUGACUGCAACCCUAUCAGCUGCCAUGGCAAGCGAAAAAGAAUUGGCAACUAAAACAGCAGGGAAAUUCACCAAUUUGGCAACCUAUGUUUGGUGAUCAUGAGCCAAGCCGUUAUUGUCUUUUUGAAGUUCAAGUGAGAUAAACAUUUGCAUGAUGUAUUAUUUGGGCAAUAAUUAUUUUCUUUCAUUUUUCUCCCUGGUUUGUCUGGUUAUUAGUGUUGUGAUGUUGUGUGCACCACUAAAUUUGAUUGCAAUAGUUGCAUGGCUUCCAUUUUGAUUUGUUCACACACCUCUAUGCUGUGUUAUGUGUGGUUUUUCUCUGUCAACCAAUAUUAAUUUUUAUGCUUGGCAAUCAUUAAUUUUUGUGAUUUUUGGUCACCAAAAGGCAACUUUGAAAAAAAAAUGAGGUUUGAGCGGUGCAUAAUUAUGGAAUGUAGUUGGGCUUUGAUGUAGAGGAUUUAUAACUUUUAUUAGUUGGAGUUUGAGGUCUGAAAAGUAUAGACUAAGUCUUUUUUCUUCCUAAUUAAUGCCUUGAAUGCAGGGCAUACUGGUACAUGAAACCAAGGCAAACAGAUAAGGAUUAUUGAUACCCAGCGCAGAUUGAGAAAACAAUGACGGAACCUUAUUGGUGAUUUUAAAAACAAUGUUUCACAAUAAGCAGACGAGAGAUAAAGUUACUUAAUGAAUAAGAUUAAUACAUAAAUUCUUUUGACGUAGCCGAAUCUUUUCUUUACAGACAGUUUUGAUAGCUGUCAGUAUUCUAUAGUGAUAACAUCAUUAGAUGUCACUUGUUUUGAGAAAGAUGAGAGCUAGCUAAAAUGGUCAACAAAUGUAAAACAAAAAAAUGUCUAUGUCUAGAGAGAAUUAUGCAUUAAGGUUUGCUGGAUAAAAUUGUCUUUAAAACCUUAAUUCAGGUGUGCAUUAAAGUGUUAUUCCAGGGUUCACAAAGUCUUGAAAAGUACUUCAGUUUCAGGGAAGUCCUUGAAAAGUCCUUGAAUUUUCUUCAACUUUGAAUGUGGUGGCUUGAAUUGGGGGGUGUUUUUAAUGCUUUUUGGUUGUGUAAGACAGAAUAUAAAUGAUAGCUCAGAGAAGUUAAAGCUAAUUUACAUAAAGAAUUUUUUGUCUUAUGCAAUAAAGACAAGCAAACUGAAAAAUAUAGAGAAGUCAGUGGAGGAAACAGUUCAAACCUUAAGACCCUGUGAGAAUGGACUGGUAAUGUGCUGAAUAUGCAUUUUUGUACAAUCGGUGAAAUAAUAUUACACUCUUGGUAGGGGGUCCUUGAAAAUCGAAUGUGGUCCUUGAAAAAUCCUUGAAAAACCCUUUAAAAGGGUUGCAAUUUUUUGUAUGAACCCUGUGUUCAAACAAAUCUUUUUGUGUGCUCUGUGCAACAUUGUAUUUUAUUUGUCUUGUAGCAAGGUGAUCAAAAACCCAACAAAGAUUUUAAGAAAACAAAGACAAAGGAAGAUGUUAACAAGGUUUUCACAGAAUUUAUUGGCAGUGAUGACAAAAUUAGAGUAAGCAUAUUUUUUGUACAUACGCUAUUUUCAAUUCUGGAUCAAAUGUCAUUUAACAUACUUUGCACGACUAACUUUAUAUUUUGCCUUAACUGUGAUUUUGCUUUACUAGCCACAGAAUUUGAAAUCAUAUAACUAAGGCAAAGUGUUUUUUCUUUGCAGAGAAAGUAUUUAAGACGGCUUAAAGCUAUUAGAGCCACUCUAGAGUCUUCUCCAUUUUUCCGCUCACAUGAGGUUUGUUUUCAUUAAUAUUUUGUUGCAUAUGUUUAAUUUAUAAGUAGCAUGUAUUGGUUUAUUUCCUGCUGACAACAUUCAACACAUGUGGUAAUAACGCUUUAAUCAGCACAGGAUAUUUAUCAGUGAAAUCACUACUGAAAGGCAUAGUUUAAAACAAGAGCAGGAACAAUUUUCCAUCAGUGAGAAGUGUGGAAUUGGAAUGUUUCUAGAGAGCUGGUGCAGUUAAGGAAAGUCACCAGGGGGCUUUCCCAUUCCUCUUUGCUUUGCCUGCAGUGAUUUUAGCAUGGAUAUUCCAUCCUGUUUAGCUUCCCUUGGAUGUGCUAAGAUGCAGAAGUGUUGCCCUCACUCUCUCAAGUGUACCUUUUGUUUCUUAAUGAAAUUGAUAUUACAGUCAAACCUUGCCUAAUGGCCACCUCUCUACAACGGCCUAUUUUUCCUGUCCCGGCAGACAAAAAAAACUCUCUACAAUGGCCACCUCUUCACAACGGCCACUUCCAAUGGCCACUGGCCCAAAUGUGGCCAUUGUAGAGAGGUUCAACUGUACUUGUAAUAACCAAAGGUUUAGGAGUGCAGGCAAAUGGAAGCAACCACUCUUCCUCCAACAUUGUGCUUUGCAUAAGUUUCACAUGAUAGAAGGUCAAAACACUCAUGAUCAGAUUCCAUCCUAUGUAUUCCAUUCAUUCUUAGUGGAAGUCCAAACAAAUCCCACUCACGCAUAAUAGCAACCUGGGCCCGGUUCCUGAAAGGCCGAUUAGUUCUAAUCCAGGAUUACAAUUUUGUUCUACUUUCUGUAUUAUUUUACCUUCCUAUGCAUUGCCUAGAGUAAUAUUUUGUGUUAUCAUUUAAAAAGGCACAACAGUAUUUUGUAAGCUCGAUUUACAUGUUCUUUCAGUUCUUAGGCAAGAAAACCUUGCGUAAAAUUUGGCUUAAUCCUUGGUUAAAUUUAACCAUCUUACAAGGAACCAAGCUCCUGCAGUCUACUCUGGUUGCCGGCUAUAAACUUAUUGAACUUGGUCUUGUUUGUUAUUCCAGGUGGUAGGUAGUUCUCUGUUGUUUGUCCAUGAUGCAUUUGGCAAAGCUAGCGUAUGGAUGAUAGAUUUUGGCAAAACUGUGCCUCUUCCAGAUGGCAUGUGGCUGGACCACCGAAAGCCUUGGCAAGAGGGGAAUCAUGAGGAUGGGUAUUUAUGGGGACUUGACAAUAUGGUGGAAAUCUGGGCACAAAGCUGAUCAAUAUUUAGUAGAAAAUAAUAUUACUGACAAUUAGUCCCUUAAUAUAAAUAAAUAACAAUUAUUCUCCCAAAGUGGAGGUGGCAAGUGGUGGAUGUUUACUGAGCUUCAAGUUUAGUAUAUACUAAAACAGUGAGAUAAUUGAGCACAAAAAAGAUGAUUUUUGACUACUUUAUUGCUGCCAACUAUUACAAUUUUGGCGUGCAUUGCUCGGAGGUGAAUGGUACUGAAUAUUCGUAGUUUGAGUAGGCAAUUAGAGCUCGCCACUGUUUGAGUAUGUACUAAAAGAUGCUAUUCAUCACAGUUUGUGUGUGAAAAAUUAGGCGAUCUUUUGCUUCAUAAUAGUUGCUUUGUUUUUGAGGUCGUUCCAAUUACUUACUACUGGGCCUGGUUGAAUGUUAAAUAGCAGGGUGUCAAAGGAAGUCAGAUUUACAGCCUGCCAUUCAGGCAAGCUGUAGCUAGCAUGUACUAGCCCACAAGUCAUUUCAACUAGCCCUAAAACCCUUUUUGAUUAGGAGGAUUGAUUACAAUCCUUCUGUAAUUUGAAUUUCCAAAAAAAACAACACUUGCCUGUUGGGCAAGUUGAGAACAAAAAAGCACUAGCCCGAUUGCAAAAUCCACUAGCCCUGGGCUAUCAGACAUGACUUUCUUUGCAUGCUGGAUAGCACUGAUAAAUCACCAUCCUGAGGAUAAAAUGUUAGUGAAACCAAUAUUAUUGUGUUAUUUGGUAGAUAGUGAUGACUUUCUUUGCAUGCUGGAUAGCACUGAUAAAUCACCAUCCUGAGGAUAAAAUGUUAGUGAAACCAAUAUUAUUGUGUUAUUUGGUAGAUAGUGAUUUAUCCAGUGUAGAGCGUUAUAUGCCUUUUGAAUAACUGGUGCUUUGUCAGGCGAUAUGGCGAUUGACAUGUACUAUAAAGCACUAUGGCUGUUGGUGAUUGGUGCAUUUCAAUCCUGACCAUGUCAAUUAACCAUUACAGUGAAGACCAAAUCAAUCAACGCAAUCACGUGAAAGACAAGCUGUUACCAGUUAAAAGAUCAUAAUCAAUAUCAAAGUGUCUAUUGUGACACAAACAAUAAAUCAACCCAGUCCCUUAUUUUUCCCAGAGAUAAUACAGCCAGUGAAGGAAGUGAGUAUGUGUGAAAAAUGCGUCCUUUGAAGAGAGGUGACGCAUGGAUUACGGUUUUAACACGUACUUGCUUGUUUCACUGACUGUAGUGUUCCUGAGCAAAGCUCAAAUGACCACUCGUGGUCUAAGAUGGUAAUAAGUUUCUGUACAUAGUAUUUUACAGUCAACAUUGCCCAUACUGCCAACCCUGUAUCUGUGCUGUUAAAAUUAUAAGCAGGGGUGUACCCAUGGGAGGGUUCACUGAAGGGGUUCUGGAAUCCCCUUUUUCUUUCUUUUUUUUAAUGGCGAAAGAGACUUUUUAAAUGUCAAUGCAUCUUCUGGUUGCUCUAAACCUUCAAGAAAAACUUUGUUUUCGAACGUUUUGCCAACUACUCUUACAGCAGAGCCUACUAGACACUUGCAGUGUGACAUCUACUACUCUAUACUAUACAUGUCUUCAUCAUACAUGAGCGUUUUCUGUUUUUUAAUUGAUGCCGUUAUUACUAUUUUUGCUGGAGAAGAUCCAUGACACUCUUGCUCUUAAAUGAAACUCCUUGAAAAAAACAUCAAAACAUUUUCCGUCUACAGUUUACUGCGUAACUGAACUUUAAGUGACUAAUAUCAGAGGAGGUUGAUCCCCCCCUAUUGCUAAAAGGCUUGGUAUGCCCCUAAAAGGACUUGUAGGUAUCAAAUGAUCAACUGUGCACAGAAUUUAGCCUGACUGAAUUACAGUGAACAUUUUGUGAGGUUCCCAAAUUCUUUCAUUUGGGAAUUCCUGAAAAUACCAAUUAAGGGAGGAGGAAUUUCUUGAGCUGUUUAAAGAAAGAUUACAGUAAAACUAGAAUUUCAAGAGGAGUUUUGCAAGGUGGGGAAGGGGGUGCAUGGUGGUUUAAGGUUAACCCAAAAACAACAUGAAACAACAUGUCAAAUGUUUAUAAUAAAAGUAUCUAUUUUAUUAAUGUAGGAAGUAAGUGUAGUUAUGUUAUGCCUGUCUAGAGUGAUUUCAGGAGGGCAGAAAGAGGUUGAUAUAAUUAUCUUGUUAUUUAACGAACUCAAAUGUUCUUGUCAGGACUAUUCAUUUGUAUUCUAUUCAUUUGUAUUUCUUUCACUCGCUCUUAUUUCUAACGCCAAUUCCUGAGUCACCUAGAACAACAACAUCUUUUAAGUAUGUUAAGUAGUCCAUUCUCUCCCAUUUUAUAUGUAGCCAGUUUAAAAAAUUCACCAAAAUUCCAUUUUGGGGGUGAAAAAUUCACAGAAACCAAAGAGGUUUCACUUGAACGGUAAUAUCUCUGGAUAUUGUCCACAGAUUUAAAAGAGUGACAAACCAACCAGUCAUAAAUUUUGGUCGAGGAUAGCGUGCGUGGGAACGCGCGAGAGAAACACGUGAAGGGGAAAGGUGGAAACUAGGGUCUCCGCGAUAGGUGCCUCGUCUCCUUUUCUCCCCUCGUGUGUGCGCGGGUCCUCGAAAUUAAUCCCUUUGCUCUAAAAACGACAGCCUUCAAUACUCCUCACAAAUCGUUGAAACAAACCGUUUCUCUUGAAUUUUCUCGAAAAUAUCUUACAUUCACUCUGCACUCCUUUGUUCUCACUCAAAUGUACCCCUCUUUAUUCCCAGUGUUGAGCCACGCGUAUUUUGGAGCACUGAGACGACUGUAAUAUCCAAUCAACAUUGGGAAAGGGGAAACGCACACAAGAGUUUCAAGAUUUUUGACGAGUGUUGUAGGUCUAGAUGGCUCAAACAGACAACAUUGCUCGUCUUUCAUAUAAGUGCCUAAAAUUGCCUUUGUGAAUGAAAUUGAUGAAUUUAGCAAUUUGUGGUUUUAUUUCAAACGUCGCGUAACCUUUUUAAGGGUUGCAUGACGUGUGAAAGAAAAAUGACGAAUUCAAUACUCUGAAAAUCUAUCUGCAAUGUAAGUAAAUAUAAACUUUACAAACUCAUAGUUUACUGAGUGUAAAUAUGCUAAUUGCUGACGUACUAAUUAAGGGUUAGGGGCUGCUUUGGAUAAUUUACCAGCAAUUAAAAGCACUCGCUGACUAAAGAGUGAAUGAUGAAUUAAAAUAAUAAAAUUCGAGUUCAUCCCACAGCCAGCACGUGCAUUUUAAUUGCUGGUAAGUCAGGAAUAAGAAGUCAUACAGGUUAUCAAAAUAUCCUG